AUGUGUCUGAAACCACAGGAAGUUUCUGGGGCUGUUUCGCUGAAGCGGUGUGGGGGGAUACAGAACUGGGCUCCAAGACUUUUCCUGUCGUGGCCCAAGCUGGCACAGCUCGGGCAGGUGGGGGCCACUGGAGCCCCUCGCCACCGGGGGUGCGGUGCGGCGCGGUACCGCGCGGCCACUGUGCGGGACGCUAACUGGCGCAGCUACACGGGUUCAGUGCUGCCUUCUCCCGGCCCGGUGUCCCCCAACGUGAAACGCUGUUCCCGGCUGACUCGGUCUGUGAAUCCGGCUGGGGCGCAGCGAAGAGGUGUGCGGCCGCCGACCGCCGGCACGCCUCGUAUCCGCCCCGCGGCCGUGGGCCCGGUUCGCGCGGGGUCGGGGCUCGGGCAGGUGGUCGCGGCGGCUCCGCUAGCUCGGCGCCCCGCAGGAGGGAGAGCGCAAAGCGGCGCGUGGCCGGCGCUCGCCCGACCAAACUGCCGCCGGCUCCCUGCCCAGGGUCCAGGAGGGGCUGCGCGGAGUCGGCAACGGCGACCCCCGCACCCCCCCCUCCGCCAGCCCCACCCCAGGCGCGCCCGAAAACCGCCCCAGGUGAGCCGGGCUCGGGGCCCUCCCACGGGGGGCCCGGGGGCGCCCCCCUCUCGUCGCCCUCCAGCGCCCCCUUGGGGCCGGGCCGUCGGCAGCCGCCGCCGCCCCGCCAGGGCCGGGGUCUCGGGAGGGGCGGGGGUCGCGGGCCUGGCGGCGGGCGCGGCGGGGGAGCGGGCAGGGGCCGCGCGCGCGCGCGCGCGAGGGGCCCGGCGGCUGCGGCCCGCCGCGCCCUCGGGCUCCGGCUCCGGCUCCGGCUCGGGCUCGCCAUGGCUGCGGCGGCGCCGUGAGGAGGAGUCCGCGUGCUCCGUGGCGGCGGCGGCGGCCGGCUCCAGGCCGGGUUUUGGCGCCGCCCGCCUGCUGCCUCCUGGCGGCUCCUGA